AUGAUCUCACAAUCUCAACUUGAAGCAGCCAAUCAGCAGCUCUCCAACGCCUCCCCUCAAGAAAUAUUAGAAUGGGCAAUGGAUAACCUUGAUGGACUCUACCAAACGACAGCCUUCGGAUUAACAGGUACGAUUGCAGUUGACAUGAUCAGCAAAAUCAGCAAGGCUAGAGGAGCUGCACACGCCGUCGAUCUCAUCUUCCUUGAUACUUUGUACCACUUCGAUGAGACAAUCGAUUUGGCGAGAACUGUUAGCGAGAAAUACUCUGCUAAGCUACACAACUACAUUCCAAACGGCGUCAACAACGUCAAACAAUUUGAGGUUCUUUACGGAAAAGAGUUGUGGAUCUCGGAUGAAGAUAUGUACGAUUUCGCUGUAAAGGUAGAACCAGCUCGUAGAGCAUACGAAGAACUCGGCGUUAAAGCCGUUUUGACCGGUAGAAGACGCAGUCAAGGUGGAGAGAGGGCUGCAAUUCCUGCUAUCGAAAUUGAUGAAACUGGCCUUAUCAAAGUUAACCCAUUAGCAUCAUGGACCUUCGAGCAAGUCAAGGCGUACGCGGACAAUAACAAAGUCCCCUACAACGCUCUCCUCGACAAGGGUUACAAGAGCGUCGGUGACUGGCACUCUACCAAGGCUCCAUCUGGCGUGGCUACCUCAGAUGCCGAUGAACGCUCCGGCAGAUGGUCUGACAAAGGUGGCCAGAAGACUGAAUGUGGUCUCCACAAGGACUUCUUCGUGAUGAAGCGCGCAUUUGAAAAGCGUAAGCGUGAAAUGGAUCUCGCCAAGAAGGAUGCGCAAGUUGGCGUGAAAGUGCAAGCUUAA